UUGGUUCCCAAAAAUGGCGAAAUUAAUUUCUCUAAUUAUUUUCGUCAUCUGUUUGUGUUCAGUAGGAGCGUUUUUUGAAUUCGAAGCACCUCGUCAUGUGUUUGAUACGGAAUUGUAUGAGAGUGUAUUAGAUGAAGAGCUAUGUGAAGCGCAAUUGAGUUACUUAAUAACUAACAAUACAAUGCUGACCGCUGAAUUUCUUGAUGCAGGCAUUAGACUUCCGAGAGGCAUUUUACAAGGAAACUUUGUAGACCUCGGAUACUACCAGCAGUGUCUAGCAAUCAGUGAAAACUUUGAGGCCUCGGACAUAGAGGGCAAGUACUGUAUGAUCAAUGUUCCAAUGGUUCAAGAUGAGUUAAACUUACCAGUGUUGCCAGAAUGGCCAGAAGGUUCCGAGAGGUCCGGGGACUGGCCCAAGCUUCCGUGGCAACAACUUUUUUCAGUCACAAGACCACAUAGUGACAUGUUCAGAAAUCUGCAAAAGGUACGAACGGAAGCAGCAAAGUACAGUCGUAUGACUGGACCUGAUGAUAUGGAUUUUAUGAGGAUAACAGAAGACAGCCCGAUGGCUAAUGAAGUCUUCAGACUGGCAGUAUGUCUUCCUAAAGCGUGCACACCCAGGCAGUUCCUCGACACUGUGUUUAUCAACACCACUAGCGUGGGUUUACAACUCACGGAAGAGUAUUGCAGACUGAGGAAUGAUAAACCGUUUGCACCUGUUGAUUAUGCUGCUAUGGGAGUAUUUGGCUUCAUAAUCCUUAUUACUGUCCUUUCGACAUUCUACGACUUAUAUUUUACCGCGAUAUGUAAGGAAGGUUCAAAAAAAGCCAAUACUCUUGUAAAAUCGUUCUCUGUCUAUACGAAUACUCGCCGGUUGCUCACAUUCAACUCUGUGCCUGGAACUUUAGAGAGCCUGGAUGGAAUCAGAUCCAUAUCCAUGAUGUGGGUCAUCAUAGGCCACACGUAUGCUACCAAUGGGAGAGGACACUUUUUUAAUCGCCAAGAAAUGUUCACGUGGAUGCAUUCAUUCUCGGCACUCUGGGUUGUGGCGUCUCCCAUCUCAGUGGACACCUUCUUCUUGCUGAGCGGACUGCUGAUUGUGUAUACCUCUGUUGGGAAGAUAACUCCAAAGGGUCUCUUUAAAAACAUCCAUCUGUUCUAUCUUCACCGUUUAUUGCGGAUGUUUCCCAUUUUGGCCACCGCCGUGUUUCUCCAAGCGUCGUUGUUCAACCACCUCUCCGACGGGCCGGAGUGGCACAUCGUCGUUGAUAAAGUGGAACGGUGCAGGGCGUACUGGUGGGCCACCCUCACCUAUGUGCAGAACUAUUUGGUGGAUACACGGUGUAUUGGCCCUAGUUGGUACCUCGCUGUCGACAUGCAGCUGCAUAUACUCUCACCUCUAAUAUUAUUCUGGAUGCUCGGCAGAAGAAGAUCGGCAUGGAUUGCACUAUCUCUCGUCAUACUGGUUGUCAUGGUGGUGUCGACAACGUAUAACUAUUUAAACAAGUUCCAGACCGCAUCGUUUGUACCGACUCGAACGCGAGAAGAUGCCAACCACUACCUGCGGUACUACUAUCACAACACACUGACCAGAUGCUCGCCCUUCUUCGUUGGCAUGUUGUUUGGCUAUCUUCUUAAUAUGUAUAAAAGCAAACAAGUCCACAUGGCUAGAUGGUUUGUAGCAUUAUGCUGGUUCUGCGCCUUCGUGGUCUCCGCCGGCAUCAUCUACUCCUCGUACCCCGUCCUGCAGAUGGACUGGGACAGCCCCUUCUGGGACGGCAUCAUCAACUCCUUCGCCAGGCCCGGGUGGGCUGUUUGUGUUGGCUGGGUGAUAUUUGCGUGUACACACGGUUAUGGAGGUCCUGUCAACUGGUUCCUGUCGCUCCGUAUGUGGAAGCUCCCCUCUCGGCUUUCCUACGCGAUGUACAUUUUCCACUACUCCUUAAUGGUUAUUGUCAAUACUACUUCUGUGUCGACGAGUCACUUCUCCGUCGAACGCUAUUUCUACCGAUUCCUAGCUGACUUCGUGACGGCGUUUAUAGUCGCUUUUGUAGCGACAGUGCUGGUAGAUUCUCCUUUCUCUACACUUAUAAAGAUGGCGAUAGGAGGAAGUAAGACUGGGAAGGCGACGGUGAAGACCAAGCAGGGAUGUGAAGGCGAAAAUAACCAGUAGUACACACUAAGUAAUAGGGAGUAAGAUUGUACCUUGGAAUCUUGGGAUCAACAUCAUUAUUUGUAAUAGAUCUGGGAUUUUUUUAACUCAAUGAGUUCUUACUU